UAAGGAUUCUGAGAAAGUCUUGACUGAUCCUGCCCCGGUUCCUCAGCCCAGCCCUAAACAUUCACAAACACGAUCUCCCUGCCUUGUCUCACCUAGUCAGGAGUCGCCUAUGGGGGCAACAGGACAGGAACAGAACACUUGCAAAAGGUUUGAAAAUGGAUGGGUAGUACAACCAAAGUCAUCAUUUACUCACCCUCAUGUCAUUUCAAAUCUUUAUGAGUGUACUUUUAUGCAGAACACAAAAGAAGGUAUUUUAAAGAAUGUUGGUAAGCAACAUUGGCUUCCAUUGUACGGACACAAAACCACAUUUAUCAAAAUAUCUUCUUUUGUGUUCCACUGAAGAAAGGAAGCCAUACACGUUUUGAACACAUCAUGAGGGGUAAUACAUGAUUUAAAGUUUUGGGUGAACUUUCCCUUUAAGACUCAAUGAAUACUUUCUGCAUCACAUUUUGAAAUGCAUAUUACACUUUUUAAUAGAAGUGUGUAUCUGCCAUUUGACAUUGCACAACAUAAUCAGAACAACCAGGUGAUCUCUAAAGUUACUAGGUUAAUUUUAAUCUGGUUUCUUCACAAAACGUAUACAAGACUUACAGCUGUACGUAGAACUCAGACGCAGUCCCCAUGUACUCGAGGAUGUUGUGGCUCCUGUGAAAAAACUGAGGAACUCACCCCAAAGCCAUCUUUCUCAACACUCAGGGUGAAAUUUGUAUCACUUAUAUAUAAGCUGUAUAUUUAAGAUAAAAUAAAACAUAAAAAAAAACAUCAUUUCUGUCACAGGAGAAAGGACCAAAGCAAAAGUACAAACGGAAGAACUCACCCGCUCCGAUCAUUCCUCUCUCUGUUCCAGUAACCCAGGCAAAGGCCAUCAGCUCUAUGUCCUCCCCUCAUUCAGAACCGUUGCAGACCCGUAAAGGUCUGUCUAAAAGGUCUGGUCGUCUCACCCAGCCGACCAUCUCCAGUCCACCAACCUCACCAAAAUGCACUCAUGACCAGAAAGCUCAGGGACCGCACGGAGGCUGUGCCACAAGGGGUCGCACCAGCCAGCUUCGCUCACCCAUCUAUCUGGAAGACCACCGUGCAUGCCCAAGAUUCCCUCCACCACCUUAUACACCUCCACCCAUGCUGAGCCCGCAACGUCCCAGGACUGGACUCUACUUCAAUACCCUAUUACAGUAUCAGCAAUACACACCAGCUGCAGCCAGCAACCUUGGUGAUGUCGACAACACAGUCAUCAGCAUAAAGCCGAGGAUAAACAUCGGUUCGUGUUUUCAGGCAGAAAUCCCUCCACUCCGCAACACAUUCUACGUGAUAUAUGAAGAGCAUCCCGCCCAUCUUGUCUGGUCCCCUAGGAAAGAUUUCACUACCAACAGAAAGAAACAGAAAAAGGUUUCAGAACUGUUAGACAUGUGCUGUUCCAGUGUACUAACCGGAGGGGGAACCAACAUUGAACUGGCCCUCCACUGUCUUCAUGAAGUGGAAGGAAAUAUACCGGCAGCACUGGAUUUGCUGUUGAUGAGGGAAGAUUUUCGAAUCACCGGGCACCCCCUGAAUAAUUACCACUAUACGGGGUCAGACCACUGGACAGAUCAAGAGAUGAGACUUUUCAGAAAGUCUCUGGAGGACCAUGGCAAGGACUUUAAUAAGAUUCAUAAUGUGGUGUUCCAAGACUCACCAAAGACUCCGCCUGAGCAGACAACAAAGAGCAAGAGAUGUCCAUGUGAAGAGCCACAGUUACACCCCGAUCAGGACAGAGACUGGCUGCCUCCAGGCCACAAAGACACAAUGUCCAGGGAUUUAUAUGGACCCUGAAAUAAAGUGCUUUGCUUUUGUAAUCCUAAAACUCAGCUGUUUUAAGUGAACUUUUAUAGUAGAUAUAUAAUUUUAUACAACUGUUUGUAAUGUUCUUAAUACUGUAUGUUCUUGUUAAAUAUUUGUACUGCGAUUUAGUUAACAGUACAAUCUGUUCCACUAACUCAUUACAUAAACUCUGUAGUUUGCAUAAUUUA